AGCAGAGGGCUGUAUGCCUCGACACUAACCAGUGAACCUAGCCUGGGAUAAACCGAAAAAGACUUUCACAUGCGAGUUUGAAGAGGAAGUCCAGCUGCAACAAAAUAACCAAAUGUAUAUUAUUAAAUGUUACGGGUCAUGCUUUUUAUUUUUGACAAUGUAGCCGUUUAGUCGUGCACCAGCAUGUGUUGACCAAGCAGGCGUCUGUAAACCGCUACACGGACUAGGCCUACACGUCGUGUCAAAAGUAAAAGAAACGAUGUCUAGUGAUUCUAGUAGCGAAGAGGACACGGAGAAAUUAAAAGAGGCAACGUGGAGUUUUGGUCCAGCAGAAACAAACGGCUGUCAAACAGAACAAGCUAAGAAUGGGACAAAGAGUCGACGUGCCGUUGUCUCGGAACAUGAACAUGAUGGAAAUGAGUUACAAACAACUCCAGAGUUCCGUGCGCACGUGGCAAAGAAGCUAGGAGCUGUUCUUGAUGGGUGUAUUUCAGAAGUGUCCAAGCCAACAGUGGGUUGCAGCAACUCACCAUCUUGGAAGGAAAAGGAGGAGGAUGAGGAUGAAGGUUUUCUUCUCUUCUCAACAUCUGUACCAGGGAGCUCUGAACCUCCGCCAGCUCCCUCACUGAAGCGGAGACCUGCCCCAAGCUCCAGUGACAGUGACAGCGAGAAGGAGAUGAGGUUCAAACAGGCUGCAGUGACCAUAUCUGACAUUGUGCGCCCGUACUACGCUGAAAAGACAGUUCAAAACACAGACUCUGCUGUGGAUGCACAGGAGAGCAAAGGUGAUGCCUCUGAUGGCUUAGUCACAAAGAAAAAGAAGAAGAAGAAGAAAAAGAAAAACAAAGUUCCUCAGGUGGACGAUGAUACUGAAAAGGAAUGCCAAGAAUCUCCUGGUGAUGCAAAUACACAGGAACACGACGCGCAGGAGAACACUCAACCUGCAAAGCUGAAGAAGAAAAAGAAAAACAAAGUUCCUAAGGUGGAUGAGGGUAAUGAAAAUGAAUGCGGUGAUGCAAAUACUGGUACACAGAAACACGACGCACAUGAGAACACUCAACCUGCAAAGCUGAAGAAGAAAAAGAAAAAGAAGGCUGACUUGAUACCAGUUAAUGGAGAAUAAGAGACUGAUGACUGACCAGUGUGAAAACCUUCUUGUUGUUUGUUUUUCCAAUGAAUUUGUUUCUCUCCUCACUGAUUCAAAAAUGCAAGCCAUGGUGAUUCCAUGAGACACCAGGUUCAACACAGUAAAGUUCUGAAGUAAAAUGCGUUCCUUUUCCAGCUGUAUGUUCUUGUCCUUUCCAGAGAAACAGUGGUUUGAUGCUGCAUAAAGGUCUUGUUGACAAUAGAGACAUACUGUAAUUUCAGUGUUCAUGACAUAUUGUCAUCUUGUACAGGUUGCAGAAAUAAAAUGUUUUAUGUGGUUUUGAGUAAAA